AUGGGGAAUGUGAAUGGCAGAGAAGAAGAUUUCAACGGCACACUAUCGGAAGCUUCAUCUGAUGAUGGAGAAAGAGAGGGAGGUUUUGACAGUGUCAGUGAUUCCAUGUCUGUGCCUGAUGGGGUCACUGAAAAUCCUUUAACUUCUGAGGAAAUGGGUCAUUCUCCUCCUGCUAGCCCUAGAACUACUCAAUCUCCAUUAAUGUUCUCUCCUCAAGUUCCGGUGGUUCCACUACAAAGACCUGAUGAGAUGCAGGCUCCAACUCCUUCCUGGAUGCAAACUACUUCAGGGUACGAGGAUAUGUUUGAUGAGAUUGGAAUUCCGACGAUGAUUACUUGGAGCUAUGGUGGUAAAGAAGUUUUCGUGGAGGGAUCAUGGGAUCAUUGGAAAUCAAGAAUUCCCUUGCAGAGAUCAGGAAAGGACUUCACUAUAAUGAAGGUGCUGCCAUCUGGGGUGUACCAGUUUAGAUUUAUCGUGGAUGGACGAUGGAGGCACGCACCUGACUUGCCUUGGGAACAAGAUGAUGCUGCCAAUACCUACAACAUUCUCGACUUACAGGAUUAUGUUCCUGAAGACAUUGGCAGCAUUGCUAGUUUUGAACCACCUAAAUCACCAGACUCUAGUUACAACAACCUACACCUAAGUUCCGAAGAUUAUGCGAAGGAGCCACCACUGGUUCCUCCAUUCAUGCAAAUGACUCUUCUUAACGUUCCUUCAACAAAUAUGGAAUUCCAACCUCUCGUGUCCAGACCACAGCACGUAAUGCUCAAUCAUCUCUAUAUGCAGAAAGGAAAGAGUAGCCCUUCAGUGGUUGCACUCGGGACAACUCAUCGAUUUGUAGCAAAAUAUGUCACUGUGGUGCUGUACAAGUCUUUGCAGCGGUAA